CAGAGGUGUGUGGAGAGAGAGCAGCCAAGACAUUAAAGAAAAGCCUACCUGAAACACAACACAUGAUAAUCACAACAUGAAGACAACUUGAAGACUGUCACUGCAUCAAGGAUUCAGUAGGUGAAAUGUUCUAUGCAAAAAAAAACAUAUCAAGGAUGUAGGCGUAACGACGGUACCUUCAGCUCCUUUUGCAGUGCAACACGAUGAAUUCGAAAGUAAGAUGAAGUGCGAGACUCUCGAACUGCAAAUUCGUUCAAUUGUUAGUGUGCAAUUCCAUGAGAGCUGAACACGAAGAGAAAAUGGAGAACGUAUCCGAGACGUUACAUUUAUCUGAGUGUAAGAGGAUUCAUAUAAAAUUUACUCACAUUUUCUUGCCCACCAUUUAUGUCCUUGUGUGCGUAAUUGGGAUUGUGGCAAACGUCUGCGGAUUGAAACUGGUGUUUAAUCGAUGGAGGAAACUUGGAGACAUUAAAUUUUUCAUCUUGAAUCUUGGCAUUGCCGACUUACUGUAUGUUUCUACGCUUCCGUUCUUAGUCAGCUAUUACGCACAUAACAGCACUUGGAGAUUUGGAACUAUAUUUUGCAAGAUAACACGAUUUUGCUUCAACCUAAACCUCUAUGGCAGCAUCGGAUUUUUAACCUGCAUUUGUGUGUACAGGUAUCUUGGUAUUGUAUAUCCCAUGAAAAGUAAAGGUGUUUUAAACACACGGCUCUCUGUGGCCAUAAGUGCACUUGUUUGGAUUUUGGUCAUCGUUCAAAUUACCCCAGAUAUGUUCUUUGACAAAUCAAAGUUUAAUUCCUCGGAAUCCUGUUUUGAUACAACUGGCGACAACCUCAUCAAGGAUUACCUGCCAUACAGCAUCGGCUGGACUAUAACGGGAUUUGUCAUUCCUCUACUUGUCAUAAUUGUUUGCUACGGGCACGUGGCAUUCGUCCUCAUGACCAAGGCGAAUAUCAACACUUUGCUGAAGCAAAGGAGUCUUAAAUUGGUCAUAUUUUUGACUGUGUUGUUUUCAGUUUGUUUCCUUCCAUAUCACAUUUUAAGGAAUCUUAAUUUGUCUACGAGGAUUUUGAAAAUGGAGGGAAUCUGCCACAAAACUUUUGACGAUAUUUAUGUAGCCUAUCAAGUCAGCCGAGGACUCGCCUGCUUGAACAGCGCCAUCAAUCCACUCAUCUACCUGGUUGGGAACGACGAAUUUCUCAUGCGCUUUCACAAUUUAAGUCAAAGAGCUCGAAUGUCAUUGUCGUAUCUGAGUGGUGUUGUAAUUUACCGCAAACCACGGGAGAUGGAUUCAACGGUAAAUACGGAGGCAUAGCCUAUCCUAACACUGGUACUUUAUUAUCAUCUCCUUGAACUUUCAGGACUUGCUUGUUCGAACUGCAGUUGAUGUCAUGUUAUUGCACUUGUAAUAAAUAACAAUAACAAAUAACAAAACAAUAACAAAAUAAAUAUAGGCCUGUAGUGUUAAAUAGUUUGUAAGGUCUACAUACCACCUACUUUUUACAUAGCUUGUUUUGUUUGUCAUUCUACUAUUCAAAUGUUUGACUGUUGGAUCUGUUCAAGUAUGAUCGGCGCCUAUCUUUCCCCAUGAUACUGAGGAGAUGUUAGUUCUGUGUCAGUGUGUCUAUCUUUCCCCAUGAUGAGGAGAUGGUACUGUAUGACUUGAUACUUGUUACAGAUGUCCAAUCUAAUGAAGCAGUUAUGUAGCCUGCUGUAUGUUUUUGUGUGAAAAAGAUUGUGGAAUAAAAGUUGUUUCCACACUG